AUGGUGCUGUCCGAGCUGGCCGCGCGCCUCAACUGCGCCGAGUACAAAAACUGGGUGAAGGCGGGCCACUGCCUGCUGCUGCUGCGCAGCUAUUGGUAUAUACCUUAUUAAAGCUUGAAAACAUUUAGCAUUUGAAUCUUAAGUUUCAUCACAAAACAUUGUCCCCCGGCCCCCCGCGGCCUGCUCGCCGCAGCCCCCUGGCUGGGCCCCGGCGCCGCCUGUAGCGGCGGCUCACUGUGCAGCCCGCGCGCCCGCCAGUUUCAGCCUCAGUGUCAGGUGUGCGCAGAGUGGAAACGGGAGAUUUUGAGACAUCACAUCCACAGAAAUGGAGACGUGCACUGGGGGAAUUGCCGGCCGGGCCGCUGGCCUGUCGACGCCUGGGAGGUGGCCAAGGCCUUCAUGCCUCGAGGACAGGCAGACAAAAGAGGACCUGAGGAAUGUGAUGCAGUUGCUCUUUUAAGUCUCAUGAACUCCUGUGAUCACUUCGUGGUUGAUCGAAAGAAAAUCACAGAGGUAAUUAAGUGUCGUAAUGAGAUCAUGCACUCUUCAGAGAUGACAGUAUCUUCUUCCUGGCUUCGAAAUUUUCAGAUGAAGAUUCGAAAUUUUCUGAAUGAAUUCAAGAAUAUCCCAGAGAUUGUGGCAGCCUACUCCAGAAUAGAACAGCUGUUGACAUCUGACUGGGCUGUUCACAUCCCUGAGGAAGAUCAGCGAGAUGGGUGUGAAUGUCCAGUGGGAAUUUACCUGAGUGAGAGCCAAGUCAAUGAAAUAGAAAUGGCAUUACUGAAGGAAAAACUUCAAGAAAUGUAUCUUCAAGCAGAAGAACAAGACGUGUUGCCUGAAGAGCUCUCAAAUCGACUGGAAGCGGUGAAAGAAUUUCUGAGAAACAAUGAGGAUCUUAGAAACAGUCUUACAGAAGAUAUGCAGAAGCUAGACAGCCUCCAUCUACAGCUUCAAAAACCGGAUUCAAAGGAACCUGGGAGACAGACACCUGAAAGGAGGGCCUGAGGUUGCCUUCAACAAAAAUCAGGCAUGUUCUGUGAAAGUCAGCAUGGCUCCCAAAGUUACCAGACUACUGUUUGCAAACCAAAAUGAAUUUUUGUUGUCUUUUUCCUGGGACUUUCCUUUAACUCUUUGGGGUUUU